AUGGUGUUCGGCUUGGCUCAGUGGGGGCAUGGCCAUCCAUUAGAUGAGAAACGCACAAGGUGUUACUACAACGUGAAAGACGUUGGACUUGAAACAGCAUCAUCUGACACGCCAAUUUUCUCUGAGAAAUCACCGCUCACCAUCACUCCACGUCCAACUGGUGUGGUGAUGGAAAGGGCGAUCAGGGGUGAAAUCGGUGGCGAAAACGAUUUGUAUUUCGUACCAUCGAAGAGCUCAUUAGAGAGAGAUGGGAAUGUCGCUAAUAGAAUUCUUGAUUACAUAGGCUGUUCUCAGUACUUUGAGCCUGGGUCAGUAGUUCAUACCCGGAGGCCUAGAUUCGACCGAGUCAAGCGCUGGCUCGUCAAUCACAAUUUCAAGUUACCUUACCCUUCUCCUAGUGACUAG